AUGUUUCUUCUGUUUCUUCUGGGCACAGCCUUCCUGUUCUGCCCCUAUUGGGCUGAGUUUCAAAACUCUGUAAAAGAUACUGCAACAGUAUGCUAUAAAUGUAAAACAUAUCAUCUUGGAUUCUGCUAUGGAAGCAUGAAGUCCUGCAACCUGAAGCAUAGGCAAUUCUGUGCUACCGAGAACUUUUAUGUACUCAUGAAAAAUGGGAAGAGUAUGUAUCAUUAUUCAAGAUUGUCCUGUAUGACCUUCUGUGAGGACAUCAACUUCAUGAAUUUUAAUAAGAGGACAGAGCUUAUCUGUUGCCAACACAGUAACUAUUGCAACCUCCCUGAGGGACUCUAGUUCUACAUCAUUCCUGGACUUGAGAUCUUUCUUUAACUCACUACCUAUUUUACCUCUUCCCCAAAGCUUGUAUUUUGUUCUCCUCUCCUGGUCAAUAGGGAGUGAGAAAGCCAGCUGUACCACUGCAGGCAGGGAGUUUUACUUUUUUCAUGCUGCUGCUGCUGUGAAUAGGUUCAGACUUGUUUAUUUAUUAUCUCCUAUUUGAAAAUGCAAAUUCAUGAACCAAAAUUAUUCCAAGACUGUCCUGAGAAUUCUGAGAUCAUACUCUAUCCUCAUCUACACCCACUCCUCUGGGUUGGAACUCUCUUUGAAUUA